AUGCCUCCACAAUCAGGUGUUAAUGUUGGAAAGCCAGCACCUGGCCCAGAUGUUGGACAGCUGUUUACCUGGGAUGAGAUAGGACUCCACUCAGGCAAGGGAAACUCUAAGGAAGACAAGUGGCUUGUCAUCAGCAGGAAAGUCUAUGAUAUCAGUCGCUUCCAUCUGCUGCACCCUGGGGGCACACGUGUCAUCAGCCACUAUGCAGGACAAGAUGCAACGGAUGCCUUCACAGCUUUCCACAAGGAUGAAGACCAAGUCAGGAAAUACUUACAUUCACUGCUAAUUGGAGAACUGGCACCUGAUCAGCCCAGCUGUGAGCCCACCAAAAAUGAAAUGCUGAUAAAUGAUUUUCAUGAGCUGCAUGCAACAGUGAAGAAGAUGGGAUUCCUAAAGUCCAAUUACCCUUUCUUCAUCUUCAUGUUUCUGCAUGCUUUCUUGUUAGACAUAGCAGCCUGGCUCACUAUCUGGUACUUUGGAAAAUCCUGGGUGCCCUUUCUUACAGCUGUAGCACUGUUCACCAUCGCACAGAUCCAGUAUGGGUUUCUUCAGCAUGAUUUUGGGCACAUUUCAGUCUUUGAGAAGACCAAGUGGAAUAGACUGGCUCACUUUUUUGUAAUGGGAGUGCUUAAGGGUGGACCAGCAAGCCAGUGGAACCAUAUGCACAACCAACACCAUGCCAAACCCAACUGCUUCCGGAAGGAUCCAGAUCUCAACAUGCACCCACUCCUGUUCACCCUAGGGAAGCCACUCUCUGUGGAGCUUGGAAAGAAGAAAAAGAAAUAUAUGCCUUAUCAGUACCAGCACAAAUAUUUCUGCUUCUUGGCUCCACUGACCUUCACAAUUUACAUCCAACUGCUUAUAUUCCGUUACACAAUUCAAAGGAAGAAAUGGAUUGAGCUUGCUUUCAUUUUGAUCUACAAUAUCCGCGUCUGUCUCAUGUAUGUUCCUUUAAUGGGAUUUAAGAGUUUCAUGGGACUUUACUGGUUAGCCAGGUUCCUAGAAAGCAAUUGGUUUCUCUGGAUCUCACAGAUGAACCACAUUCCAAUGAAUAUUGAUUAUGACCAGAAUUUAGACUGGGUCUCUGCCCAGCUCUCAGCAACAUGUAAUGUGGAUCAAUCCUGGUUCAAUGACUGGUACACUGGACACCUGAACUUCCAGAUUGAGCAUCACCUUUUCCCAACAAUGCCUCGACACAACUAUUGGAAGGUGGCUCCUCUGGUGAAGUCCCUCUGUGCCAAGCAUGGUCUUAAGUACCAGUGCAAGUCACUGUUCACGGCCUUUGCGGACAUUGUGCGCUCUUUGAAGGAAUCAGGGGAGUACUGGGAGGAUGCCUACCUCCAUGGAUAAAAAGAGGCAAGACCACAGCAUUCUCCUCAUGCUAUACCUUGCUCUUCCACCUCAUGAGGCCAAUGGAAAAGAAACAGAAAGCAUUAUUGUGUGGCUCAGAAUGGGACCACUUUAAUAACAAACUCUUUGUGAACUAAUAUCUCUCAUCUUUUCUUGCAUCAACAUGUUGUUGUGAUAAACUAUGGGGAUUUAUGAGAGGAAGACAUGACUGGAAAAAGAGAUAUGAAAUUUUCAGUUCUAGCAA